GCAUUUCUCCUUUAGCCGCCAGCGAUGAGAGUUCUUUCUCAUCUUUCUCAUUCCUGAUCCUGAUAUUCCCUGUUACAGGUACAUCUCUCAGAAUGGAUGCAAACACCAGUCCAGAGUUUCCACGCUACCAAUCCUCUGGUUGUCUGCACACUGCUGAUGCUAGCCACGUCGACCUAUUGUUUCGUCAUGGGCUUUCUCACCGGGAACUACAGCAAAGUGGACCAGUUGUGGAGCAUUCUGCCGGUUGUAUACUCCAUCAUCUUUGCAGCCAGCUCCAGAUGGAAUUCAAGGCUGACGGUUAUGGCGGUGCUUGCUACACUCUGGGGUCUACGGCUGACCUACAAUUUCGCCAGAAAAGGCGGAUACAAUGGCGAGGAAGACUAUCGAUGGCUUGUCAUCAGGAAUAUCAUCAACAAUCGAGUGUUCUUUGAGAUCUUCAACCUGAUCUUCAUCAGCCUCUUCCAGAACAUCCUGCUGUUGCUCAUUGCAUUGCCGUCGUGGGCGGCGUACCUCAAUCAAGAGAUGCCUCUGAACCUGGUUGAUCUGGGGGCUUUGUUUCUCCUGGUGGGGUCUGUAUUGUUUGAGACUCUGGCCGAUCAAGAACAGUGGGUGUUCCAGAACGAGAAGCAUCGGCUGCUGAGCCAAAAAGGGGCUGUUCCGGAACCGUCCACAGACGAAAGCAUUGUGCGUGACUACAAACGGGGCUUUCUGACCCACGGGAUGUUUGCCUUCUCGCGACACCCCAACUUCUUCUUUGAGCAGUUGGUGUGGUGGAGCUACUACCUGUUUGCAGUCGCAGCCACCGGAGAAGUGCACUGGACGAUUGUAGGGCCGGUAUUGUUGUCCAUGCUAUUCCAGGGAUCCACCCGGUUCACCGAAUACAUCACUUUGGAGAAAUACGCCAUCUACAAGGAGUACCAGAAAAGAGUCAACAUGUUACUGCCGUGGCUGCCUACCGCUGAGGAGACGGACGUAGGAGAUAAGACCGAGUGAACAGGCAACUAACAAUUGUUUAGAGCGUCGCUGGUAAUAUUAGAUGACAUACCAAUGGAUAUUGUAUGAAAAAUAGUACUGAAUUGACUGUGUAUAUAUGUUAAGUAAAAACAAGUAUAAAUUAUGUUCAAG